GAAGAGAGGCAGGAGAAGCGAAUGGGAGCGAGGAGGUGGAGAAUGUGACAACUGCUGGAUGCGGACAGAGUGUAUACGGCUGGCUACACUGCCUUUAGGGAGGUCUCGGCUCUUGCACCUGUCCCUCUCCGUCUCCGCGGCCAGGCGCAGUUUGGGCGAGAGCGACGCUCCUUUUUAUUUAUCAGGCAGGGCGCACCACGGCGGAGGCGCACACACACAAGAUACUGUACGCACACACACGCACACACACAGGGCAGGCAGGCAACAUGACUUCAUCCUACAAUCUGGAUUUUCUGCCCGAUAUGAUGGUGGAGAGUCGCCUGCUUGUUCCCGGAGACAGAAUUAACGGCACGGCCGGUAAGAUGAACGGCGCGCUGGAGCACUCGGACCAGCCCGACCCGGACGCCAUCAAGAUGUUCGUGGGUCAGAUCCCGCGCUCCUGGUCGGAGAAGGAGCUGAAGGAGCUGUUCGAGCCGUACGGAGCCGUCUACCAGAUCAACAUCCUCCGAGACCGCAGCCAGAACCCUCCACAGAGCAAAGGCUGCUGUUUUGUCACGUUUUACACAAGGAAAGCUGCCCUUGAAGCCCAGAAUGCACUGCAUAACAUAAAGACCUUAACAGGGAUGCACCACCCUAUUCAGAUGAAACCUGCAGACAGUGAGAAAUCUAACGCUGUGGAAGACAGGAAGUUGUUCAUUGGCAUGGUGUCAAAGAAGUGCAACGAGAACGACAUCCGGGUCAUGUUCUCUGCAUUCGGACAGAUCGAGGAGUGCCGAAUCCUCAGAGGGCCGGACGGACUGAGCAGAGGUGUGUGUCACUCCGACUCACUUCCAUCCACACGAUGUGCGUUUGUCACGUUUUCCACCAGAGCUAUGGCACAGAAUGCAAUCAAAGCCAUGCACCAGUCUCAGACUAUGGAGGGCUGCUCGUCUCCCAUCGUGGUGAAGUUUGCUGACACGCAGAAGGACAAGGAGCAGCGGCGUCUGCAGCAGCAGCUGGCGCAGCAAAUGCAGCAGCUCAACAGUGCGACCACCUGGGGGAGCCUGACGGGCCUGGGGGGGCUCACCCCGCAGUACCUGGCUGUAAGGAGCGCCGCCUCCAUCACCUCCCCCCCCUCCUACACCCCUUACUGCAGCACCAUGGCCAACGUCGCUGCAUUGCUCCAGCAGGCAACCUCCUCCAGCAACCUCGGAGCCUUCAGCGGGAUCCAGCAGAUGGCCGGUAUGAGUGCUCUGCAGUUGCAGAACCUGGCCACUUUAGCAGCGGCAGCGGCGGUGGCCCAAAACUCAGCCAGUCCCUCCAACGCAAACCCCCUGUCAGCCAGCGCCGCCUCCCUGGGAGCGUUGGGCAGCCCAGCAACCUCCAACGCCAGCGCCAUGAACUCUCUGACCUCCCUGGGCACCCUGCAGGGCCUGGCAGGCGCGACCGUCGGCCUGAACAACAUUAAUGCACUAGCAGGUAGCGUCAAUAUUGCUCAAAUGCUCUCAGGUAUGGCGGCACUUAACGGAGGCCUGGGUGGCGCAGGGUUGACCAAUGGGACGGCGGGCACCAUGGACGCGCUGACGCAGGCUUACUCAGGGAUCCAGCAGUACGCUGCCGCCGCGCUGCCCACCCUCUACAGCCAGUCCCUGCUGCAGCAGCAAGGGGCCGCCGGCAGCCAGAAGGAAGGUCCCGAGGGUGCCAACCUGUUCAUCUACCACCUGCCCCAGGAGUUUGGAGACCAGGACAUACUGCAGAUGUUCAUGCCUUUUGGAAACGUGGUCUCUGCCAAAGUCUUCAUCGACAAACAGACGAACCUGAGCAAGUGCUUCGGCUUCGUCAGCUAUGACAAUCCUGUGUCGGCGCAAGCAGCGAUCCAGGCCAUGAACGGCUUCCAGAUCGGCAUGAAGCGGCUGAAGGUGCAGCUGAAGCGCUCCAAGAACGACAGCAAACCGUACUGAUCUUAGCACUAGGGUCUAUCUGCUCCCCAUGUUAGCACUGCUAGGGUAAGUCCCCCAAAGAAAGGUGAAAAUGACAAACAAAAAAAACAGCAAACCGAGCCACGACCCCCCCCCUUACAAAGAUUUAGAACAUGUAAAAAAGGAAAGAAAUUUGAAGUCUCCCUUCCCCCUCUCCCUGAAAAAAUAUGACUAUUUUCUCCCAAAUGACAAUAUCCAUCUGGGAUCUGAUGGAUAAAGCUUUGGGUGGUCUCUGUUGUGUGUGUGGUGUGUGUGUGUGUGUGUGUGUGUGUGUGUGUGUGUGUGUGUGUGUGUGUGUGUGUGUGUGUGUGUGUGUGUGUGUGUGUGUGUGUGUGGUGUGUGUGUGUGUGUGUGUGUGUGUGUGUGUGUGUGUGUGUGUGUGUGUGUGUGUGUGUGUGUGUGUGUGUGUGUGUGUGUGUGUGUUGUUAGCAUAGACCUAUAACAUUAAAUGAUAAAAAAAAUCAAAGCUAAAAAAUUGCCAGUGUGAGUUGUGUUGCUGUUCUGCUGGUUUGCAUUGUUGUUGUUUGUUGUUGUUGUUUCUCCUGAUUUUCACAAAAAGGCUGUAGUGUUGUGGUGCUCUGGCUCUCUGUGUGUAACUCUCUCCUCUCCCCUGUUUUUUCUUUCCCCCUUUUAGAACAACCCAUCUCCAUGCCUGUUAGCUCAUCGUUUGCCUAGCAUGUCUCCGUGGCGUCCAAACAAAAAAAACUUUAAACAAAAACAAAAAAAUCCCCUCCAAAAAAAAGUGUCAUCGUCCUCCUCCCCCGUCAUUGUUUUUUCUGAUGUCUUUUCCGAGCUCACCUGAUCAUAACCUGGUUCUCCUCCUCCUCCUCCGCUGCCUACUGACCUUUUGAACUUUUAGCUUUUUUGGAUUUGUAUGAUUUUUUUUCCCGUUCUUUUUUGUGUUUUUUUGCAUGUGACCUCAUUUGGAUCUGUUUUCUGGGGAGGGUUUCAGGGAGGCAACAAGGGAGGGGAGGGCAAGAAAAUGAAUCAAUGUGAAAAAGAUAUAAAGCUGCAUUCAUAUGAAAAACAAAAAAGACUGAGAUUUUUACGGAAAAACAAAUGUUCUUUUUGGAAGAAAAAAAAACCUGUGGCAAAGUGAUUUCCAUUCAGUAUGUUUUCCUGCAUUUUCUUUUGCCUCUUCUUCUUCUUUAUGUCAGUUUUUCCUUUCUUUUAUUCUUCAUUUAAAGUAAACUUGAAAGUUCACUACAGGAAUUGGCGCGUCAUCUUGCUUCUGGCGCCGAUGAAAAACAGUCCGCCAGAAGCAGUCCGCGCCAGUUUCUCUGAAAAAUAAGACUACUUCCAAACAGUUUUGAAUAAAAACUGUCUGAUCAAUAUUAGACUCUCUCAGAGCUCUCCAAUGGUUUUUACAUUUUUCAGGCAGUGUAAAGUUUUUUGAUAAGGCCAUUUUAAGUGGCUCUGUUUCUCAUUCAAAGUCUAUAUAUAGAACCACUUUUUUCUAGAGUAGUUUAAAGGUAAAAAUAAAAAAAGACAUUUGCCCUGUUUGGGUGGGAGAAAUGCUACCUACUUGUGUCACCUUUUGCUGAACUGACUCACAGAUAGACAAUCCGUGGUUUAAAUGCACAUGAUGAAAUGACCUAUAUUUUCUACUGUUUAAAUGUAUAGAGGAAAAAAAAAUACUAAGAUACUUGUAACCUGCGUUAACGUCGGUGCUUCUCGUGAGUUUAGUUGUGGUUUCAUCACAAGUCUAACGGUCUUAAAUGUCUCAUGUUUUUCAAGAGAAGACAAAAAAAUCAGUUUACUUGAACAAUAGACAAAGCCUUUCAUAUUACUAUAAUAGUUACUUUGUUGAUUUGUUUCUUUUUGUUACUUCUUUUUUGAAGGAGUCCCUAUUUGCUAAAUUUCUUGUUGGUUAAUUAGCUAUAUAAAAUUCCUAAAAAUAUAUAUAAAUAUAAAUAUAUCUAUAUAUAUAAUGUCAGCUUGUGAAGCAUCAAUGUCAUUAUUAUUUUAUUUCUCUCGUGGGAAACAAUAUUUAGAUGUGUUUUGUUGUUCAGCAAAAUGUCUUAUAAUGAAAAAAAGACAAGAUCAGUGGAGUUUAGUGCCAAAUUCUGAAGGUACUUCCUGCCUAGCGCGUCAGUGUAUUUCUUGUGAAAUUAUUUGAUAACAUGGGUAUUUUAUUAUAAGUGUUUUGUAUGGAUCCCUCAUAUUUAAAAAUAUAGAUUUAAAAAAGAGUUUGUUAACUUGCUAUUCUGUGGUCUUGUUGCCUGAAAAUGUCAUGUUUGCUUUUUUUCUUUGUAAAGAUGUAAAAAAAAGUGCCCAUGUGUCAUAUAUAUAUAUAUCUAUAUACACGCACACACGGACACACACAUUCUCGUGCAGACCUCACAGUUUACUUUCUUGUUGUGCAUGAGAGCCCCUGAGUGUGAACGCCUCGACAGCCACAGCUACCGCCCGCCAGCGUGCACAAACACACUUUAACACACACGCACUGAUAUUUUUAGCCAUUGUACAGCCGUUUUAUUCAUCAAAGCCUUAUCACAAAUUGUUGCACUCCUUUUCUCUCUCUAUUAGUAUCUCGCGCACACAGGCGUCACUUCGUAUUGUUUGGAUUGCUUUCUUUCGAUUGGUUUCUCGCACUGUCCCGCUCCUCAGCCGAAAAAAAUAAAAUGGAGGUGAGAGUCAUACGCCUUAUUCUAAAAUCCUCUUCAGUUGAGUUGAAAACAUUUCUGAGACGGCGAGGAUCAUUACUUUUGUGUAUCACCUCAUACGAGAACGCUAGCUUUCAUGAUGUAAGCACAGGGUAAGACUCGCUCGCACAAAAAACGAAACUCGAUCUCUUGAGGUAAGAAAAAAAAAGCACACGCCGUCGUCCGAAAAAAAAAAGAGGCGGGACGUUCCGGAGCAAGUUUGAUUUAUUAUCCUUUCACGUCUUUUAUAAGUGGUUGUGAGACUACUCCAUAUGUGUGGUGUAAUGGGCCAAAAUCAUGUUUAGAUGCCAAAGUGUGUUCUCGUAGUCGAGCCGUUUACAUGGCACAGUGUUGUCAGUCUAUUCAACUGCCCCCCAUCCCCCUCCCUGAAAGCCUAGUUUACGGUCUGCAAAAAAAAGAAAGAAAAGGCAGCAUUAUUUUCUACAGAAGCUCACCAGUCGCCUUAACCAGGGAGCGUCGUAUCAGUAUUACAAGAGUAGAAGAUGUUGUCAGUGAUGUGUGCCAAGUCUAUUCACUUGUGUGUGCAGUUAGCCUCCCACUCGUCAAAGUUUUUCUAUUUCCUCCGUGAAAUGACCUCGAGGAAGGAAGCCGCUCUUCGUCUGCUUGUUGUCUCCCAAGCUAACCGGAGUUAGAAGCGGCGUCGUAUUAUUAGACUAGCGACAGGGGAAAUAAAGCGCUUGUUGGUUGGAGAGGAAGGGUCACGUCCACGCUGGCUAAACAACAGCCUGAGAUGGAGGCUUUCAUAUCCUCUCAUACCCAAACUUUAGUGGAGGGAGGCGAGCAGACUUUUCUUUCUCCUAAAUGCAGUAGGCCUACACAUGAGCCACAAACAGCCAUAACUACCUGUAUGAAAGCUGGUUAAUCAGUGUUAAUGGACCACUUUUUUCUGACUCGCGCGUGUGCAGGGUUUCGCAUCGUUUUUCGCUGCAGCAUCUACGAUUCACAUCUCACUUUCGCACAAUUCACGUAACUUUAAUGGUGGAGGCUACACAAUCUGCGUUACUCUAUGGCUGUGUGUGCGGGUACAGGCGUUUUAGAUGUCCCCCCCAAAAAAAUGUUGCCAAAUCUCACAGAGUUGCACACAGCCUGACGUCAAGUGUGAAGCAUCUUGUCUUUGUUUAAAUGUCGAAGCACAAAAGGGUCGUAAAGCAGAGUUCCUGUGGAGCGGCUCACCUCAGGGGCUUUCAUCGCCGAUGCUCGUUGUAAUCUUUCUAUCUCGUCACUUCUCUGUUCUCCUUCUUUCUUAAUUAUCUUAAGUGCUAUUUAUCAAACAAUGAAAUUUGAAAGAAAAAAAAAAUUGAACUUGUCGUUUCUUUGCAUUAUGGCUUAUGUCGAGUUUUUUGAGGAAAAAUGUUUUGUGUCUUUCCGUGACGUAAAAAAAAGAGCUUGUUGUCUGUAGAGAUUAUCCAAUAUUUUUAUUUUGGUUUGUUUCUUUUAAUUCUCAAAAAGGUUUUCAGUAGUUUCAAAUUGUCUUGAGAGAAGCCAAAGUCAAUGCAUUUCAGUGGAUCCUGUAAGCGUGAUGUAUGUUUGUUUGACAACACUUGGAAAUCUGUCACUGGAUGGGAUUUAAAAAGUACAAAAAAUGCAGGCUUUCCUAUUUCUACAACUGAUUGUACUUAUGCAUUUUGUACCAGUGGAAUUUUUUAUACUGGAGAUUAAAGGAUACAACAAAAAAAUCUUAGAAAAAAGCUGUCUGGCCUGGUGGUGUGGCCUGACCCUGACUGGUCCCCGAGUUUGAUUUCUAGCUGGCAUCGAGAACGUUGGCUUUUGAUAUAAGAUUUUCUAGAAGAUCUUUGGCUUUAUUUCUUUCACUUCUUUUUCCUCACUUAAGUGUUGUUCUUUCUUUCUGCCUUCCUUUCAGUCUUUAUUUCUUUCUGAAAAACGGAGUGUAGGUGAGUGUCAGAUCUUUAAUUUAUGCUUUUUAAAUAGUUCUAGCAAGUUUGUCUAUACAACAGCGGUAAGUUUCAUUUGACUUCUGUAUUGUGCCGUCUACACGAUAAGACAAUUAUAGAAAAAGAAGGUAUAGAAAUAUUUAGUCACCUUCAGUGGAUUAAUGUAUUAGUUUAAUGAAGAGAUCAACUAAUUAGAAACGUUUUGCUUUUAGCUGUUUAGAUUUUUCCGGUUUCUCUGUCCUUCUCUGUGAACCAACUGUGUAGCUGAAGCAGUCAGAAUUAUUUUUGUAAACGUAUGUUCUUGUGUGAUGCAGUUUUUUGCUUCUGUCUCCUAUAUUAAACCAUUUUUCCUAAUA